GAAAAUGUGGCCGUGCAUCAGCUCUACAAUCGUCUGUUCGACGAGGUUCUUGUUCGCCUUCUGGUAUCAUAGUAAAAUCUUCGUGCAAACGCUGCAUGUCCUUUCGUUAGUAAAUCGUUAUAGCUGCUAAGAAGUGAUGGGAUCGGGACAGAGCCGUGACAGUGUGGUCACUCAAAGUAAAAGCCUACGGUGAUCAAAGACAUUGCUAGUAGGCGGAAUUUAUAAUUUGGGAAAAAUCCCGUCUGAAAAUGAAAGUAUAAAAUGUCGCGCAGGAGCCCUAACCUGAUCUGUUCGAAGAGGUUCAUGCAUGGUUCGCUGAUUGCCAUUAUAUUAAAUCCUUCUUGUGAACGAAGUAUUUAAUCGAAAUAGCUGCUGAGACGAAAUGGGAUCGGAUCAGAGUAAGAAUGCAUUGAGUCACUCAAAGCGAAAGCCUACGUCUUCCGCUGGGUUUCUUGGAAGAAACAGGAAAGUAUUGCAAUGCAGUGAUGUAGUACGUGUUUACGAAAUCGACGAACGGAGCCUUGCAAAAGAGGAAAGAAGUCGAUGUGGAAAUAGUAUACAAAGAAACCAGCGCCUUGAACGCCAAGGAAUAAUCACACUUGAAGUAUACGAAGACAGAGAAACGACAAGAAGAAUUUUAAAGGCUGCAAUCUCAUUCAUAGAAGAUGCCGAACAAGAUGGAGCUGAUAUGAGAAACGCUGCCUUUAUUCUUUUUACAUCAUUCAGAUCAUUUGCUGUCAUAGCUGGAGACGGAGAUUGGGAAUACACCUUCAAAGAAGAUGAAGAUGGUGACAUAUACGGUCGAUGCGUGCGCCUGCCCUUAGCACGAUACCUCUACGAUAAGGUUAAGAAUACUGUUUCGCGCGUUGCCAGAAGGGUGUUAGGGUUUCUACCAAUAGUAGGCCCUCAUCUAACCCAGGCCCUGGAACCACCAUAGAUAUUGUACCUGAAACUGAUCGAUACAAAGUAAAUGUCUCGGGUUAUCGGUUUGUUUUAGAUUAGGUGUUCCGUAUAAUUAAG